GUUGAAGUUACAUUGAAGACAGGACAAACAGCCAGUGUGCAUCCAUUUCGUAUUUCUUCAAGACUGGACAUAUUACUGGACGUCAUGACAAACUUUCAGACACCAACUGGUUUGGAGAGCCCGGUGGCACAGAGAGCGACUCUUCUCAAUCGCCAUACAAGCGUUUGUCGGAACUUAUUUGGACCCAUCGACCAUGACGAGCUGAGCCGCGAGUUGAAGGCGAAGCUGAGGGAAAUCUCUGAACGAGACCAGCGUCGAUGGAACUUCCACUUCGAGACAGACACACCAAUUCCCGGGAGUUACGAAUGGGAAGGGAUGUCAGCGGACUCAACGCCAGCCUUCUACCAGGAGUCGAGGAAAGUUGGAGGCAUGAGGGUUCAGGUUGUGACAUCAAACACAGACUUUCCCUCAGAGGUUGUCACUGAUAAUGUGUGUGGUUGUUGCCUCAACCAAACCCCUCUAUCAGACUGGGAACCGACUGCACUUUGUUCCAACGAAGUUAACCAAGAGAAUUGGUCCAAUUCCCCCAAUACGAGGAAAUGUAACUCCAAACCAACACCGUGUAUUCGGCGUAAGAGGUCGAUGACAACAUCUUAUGAACGUGCAGUCAACGUCACUCAAAUUACAGAUUUUUUCCCAAAGAGGAGGAGAAAAUCAACGUCUGAGAUGAAGAGCACCCAGCACAAUUCUUCCCUCUCAAUUCCACUUGAACAAACGCCACGCAAAGCUCAAAUAAUUCGAUAAACCACGCGGACAAAUAAUACCAUAACGUAUGUGACAAAUUAGGCUAUCUGCCUUUUUUGCUAUUAUUAUUGUCUGUCUUGGACAAAAGAAGAUGGAGUAACCGUCCAAAAUAUGUUGGCCUAUGUUUAUGCCAAAGUAACAGUCUUUAUUUUAUGUCUUCUUUUAUUUAAAAUAUUGUUUUAUUUAUUUUAUUUAUGUUUCAACUGUAUUUAAUUUUUGUUUAAUUCAAAUAAGUUUUCUGAGAUAUUGUUAAUGUCUGUUGAAUUGUAUCCGCGAAAAAAUACUAUUAAAACGAUUUAGUUUACAUUU